AUGGGGCAAGUUUCAUAUGCAGGCCUUCUUCUGCAGGGGCACCCAUCAGAGAAACGCGCAUCUUGGUGCUUGCCUGCUUGCUUUCUGCUAGUAUUGGUAAUCGAUGCUACAGGAUGUGACAUGUGUGCUGACAACCGCAACGGCGAGUGCCCCAUGCACGGGCCCCUCCACUCCCUGCGCCGGCUGGUGGGCACUAGCAGUGCUGCCGUGGCAGCCCCUCCACCUGAGAUCCCAGAGUGGCUUCGGGACCUGCCCCGGGAAGUGUGCCUGUGCACCAGCACGGUGCCCGGCCUGGCCUACGGCAUUUGUGCGGCACAGCGGAUCCAGCAAGGCACCUGGAUCGGGCCCUUCCAGGGAGUCCUGCUCUUGCCAGAGAAGGUUCAGGCGGGAGCCAUCAGGAACACUCAGCAUCUCUGGGAAAUAUAUGACCAAGAUGGGACGCUGCAGCACUUUAUUGAUGGUGGAGAACCCAGUAAGUCAAGCUGGAUGAGGUAUAUCCGAUGUGCAAGACACUGCGGGGAGCAGAACUUAACAGUGGUUCAGUACAGGUCAAAUAUAUUCUACCGGGCUUGCAUAGAUAUCCCCAGGGGCACUGAGCUGUUGGUGUGGUACAAUGACAGCUACACAUCUUUCUUUGGAAUCCCUCUCCAAUGCAUUGCACAAGAUGAAAAUUUGAAUGUCCCUUCGACUGUAAUGGAGGCCAUGUCCAGACAAGACACCCUACAGCCAUUUAAUAAAAGUAGCAAACUAUCCCCUGCCACUCCACAGCGAUCCAUAGUAUUUCCACAGACUCCGUGUAGCAGAAAUUUUUCUCUCCUGGAUAAGUCUGGGUCCAUCGAGUCAGGAUUUAACCAGAUCAGUGUCAAAAACCAACGAGUUCUUGCAAGCCCAACUUCAACAAGCCAACUAAAUUCUGAGUUCAGUGACUGGCAUCUUUGGAAAUGUGGGCAAUGCUUUAAGACUUUCACCCAGCGGAUCCUCUUACAGAUGCAUGUGUGUACGCAGAACCCUGACAGGCCCUACCAGUGUGGUCACUGCUCCCAGUCUUUCUCCCAACCUUCAGAGCUGAGGAACCACGUAGUUACACACUCCAGCGACAGGCCUUUCAAAUGUGGCUACUGUGGUCGUGCCUUUGCUGGUGCCACAACACUCAACAAUCACAUCCGGACACACACAGGGGAAAAGCCCUUCAAGUGCGAGAGGUGUGAGAGGAGCUUCACACAAGCCACCCAGCUGAGUCGACACCAGAGGAUGCCCAAUGAGUGCAAGCCAAUAACAGAGAGCACAGAAUCAAUUGAAGUGGAUUAA